AUGAGGUUACUCAACGGUAUACUUUGUUUGUUGCCAACCGCAAUAAAGGCAUGGGAUACUGAUGAACUCGUCCCAUUUGCAUACGAACCCUUACCACUUGGAAGUAUAACACCAAACGGAUGGCUCAGAACAGAGCUCGAAGCCUCCGCAGCAGGACUAGGAGGCCAUCUAUACGACUUUUACCGCUACGUCGCAAACUCCUCCUGGAUAGGCGGCGACCAAGAAUACAGCAAACUUAACGAAGCCCUCCCAUACUGGCUAAAUGCCAUAGUCCCACUAUCCUACACACUCCAAGACGACUGUCUAAAAGCCGAUAUCAAAACAGUUGUCAGCAAAAUCCUCGACCUCAUCCAACCAGAUGGCUGGAUUGGACCUGAGACUCUCGAAGCGGGGAACCGUCUCAUCUGGGCUCGAACGCUUGUCUUUCUAGGAUUGACGAACCUCGUCGAUGCCGAUCCGGAGACCUAUGAGGAACCUAUUAUCAACGCCCUGUUUCGGUUCAAUGAGUUGAUGAAUUCAAUGUUGAAGAAUAAUGGUACGGGGAUGAUCUAUCACGAUGGUGAUAGGGCUAGUGCGGAUGAUUUCACUUGGUUCCGGUCUAGGUCGCAGGAUAUGGUUGUUUCAUUGCAGUGGAUGCUUGAUUAUUAUCCGGGCAAUAAUACUGAGGUUCUGAGGGAGAAUAUUCGGCUGAUUCAUGAGUAUUCGUUUAAGUGGGAGGGGUGGUAUACAGAGGGGAGUUAUAUUCGGGAGGAUCUUAAUUCUGUGUCUCAGGAGGUUGCUGAUCGGGAGUGGCCGUUUUUGCAUGGUGUUACUGUUGCUGAAGCUUUGAAGUAUGCUGCGGUGUUCAGGCGCUCUACUCACAAUGAUAGUCUGAUCACUACUGCCAAAAAUGGGGUUGACUGGACAUUCAAAUAUCACGGCUCAGCUUCUGGCUCAAUCCUAGCUGACGAGCGUCUCGCUGGGCUGAAUCCAUUCUACGGAUCAGAGCUCUGCACCGACGUUGAGACAAUCUACUCACUUGCAUACAACUACUUCGCAAUUGGUGACCCAGAUUACGCGGACCGUACGGAACUGGCAACUUUCAAUGCUUUACCAGCAGCGAUGUGGCCCGACUGGACAUCGCAUCAAUAUAUGACUGAGCCAAACCAGCCAUUUUCCAAGAAUCUUUCAGCGUCGCCUUUCUGGAAUGUCAAUACUGUUGGCCAGACGUUUGGUGUUGAGCCGAAUUAUCCAUGUUGUACUGUCAACCAUCCUCAGGGGCUGCCCAAAUUCACAAUGUACAGUUUCCUCAAGAACGGCAACAACGGACUAGUCCACGCCCUCCUCAGCCCAGGCAAAGUGAACACCAAAAUAAACGACAAGGAAGUAACAGUAGAUUGCCAAACCGACUACCCAUUCAACUCGAGCCUAUCAUACACAAUCAACAGCGAGACGGCCUUCGAGUUCUACCUCCGCGUUCCACAAUGGUCAACAGGAAUCAAGAUAAACCAGCAACCCUCCCCAAUCGACUCCAGGACAGGCCUAACAAAAGUCCGAAUUCAAUCUGGAAAGACAACCCUCAACUACGAUAUCGGCAUGGAUAUCCAAUCCAGAUCCAGAGACAAUGAUACAAUCGCCGUUUACCGCGGUCCAAUCCUAUACAAUCUAUACAUCGACCCGAUAACCACAAGCGGUCCACCCCUCUAUUAUGAUACACAGCAAGAAUGGCCAGAAGGGACAUAUCCACCCCAGAUGCAAGAUCAUUCGAUGACAAAUGGGACUAAGUGGAACGUGGCUAUUGACCCGUCGACGCUGACUUUCCAUUCUGGGUCUGGGUCUUUGCCUUCGCCUACUUUUGAUGAUGGGAAGUUGCCUAUGUAUGUCACUGUACAGGCUUGUCUGAUUGAUUGGCCUUUGUUCAAGGGGUCUGUUCCUGCUUCGCCGCCUGCUAAAGAGGAUAGAGUUUGUCUUGGAGACAGCUUUGUUGCAACACUGCGGCCGUAUGGGAGUUCCAAGUUGCAUAUGUCUGAUCUUCCGACUAUUGAUCUUGGGGGCUAG